AUGGAGAUACAGUGGAACCAAUCAUCCACAUACGACUUUGUCCUCCUGGGCAUCUUUUCUCACAGUCCAGCUGACCUUGUCCUCUUCUCUGUGGUUAUGGUGGUCUCCACAGUGGCCCUCUGUGGGAAUGUGCUCCUCAUCGUCCUCAUCUACACAGACCCUCGCCUUCACACCCCCAUGUACUUCUUCCUCAGCCAGCUCUCCCUCAUGGACCUCAUGCUGGUUUGUAACAUUGUGCCAAAGAUGGCGGCCAACUUCCUGUCUGGGACGAAGUCCAUCUCCUUUGUGGGCUGUGGCGUACAAAUUGGAUUUUUUGUCUCUCUUGUGGGAUCUGAGGGGCUCCUGCUGGGACUCAUAGCUUAUGACCGCUAUGUGGCCAUCAGCCGCCCACUUCACUAUCCCAUCCUCAUGAGCCCGAGGGUCUGUCUCCAGAUUGCUGGUAGUUCCUGGUCAUUUGGGAUCCUAGAUGGGAUGAUCCAGAUGGUGGCGGCCAUGAGCUUGCCCUACUGUGGCUCAAGGAGUGUGGACCACUUCUUCUGUGAGGUGUCAGCUUUACUGAAACUAGCGUGUGCAGACACUUCCCUUUUUGACAGCCUGCUUUUUGCUUGCUGUGUCUUCAUGCUGCUUCUGCCCUUCUCCAUCAUCGUGUCCUCCUAUGCUCGCAUCCUGGGAGCUGUGCUUCGUAUGCGUUUUGCUCAGACCCGUAAAAAGGCUCUGGCCACCUGUUCCUCCCACCUGACAGCCGUCUGUCUCUUCUACGGGGCAGCCAUGUUCAUCUACCUGAGGCCCAGGCGCUACCGGGCCCCAGGCCAUGACAAGGUGGUCUCUGUCUUCUACACAGUCCUUACCCCUAUGCUCAACCCCCUCAUUUACAGCUUGAGGAACCGGGAGGUGAUGGGAGCCCUGAGGAAGGGGCUGGACCUCUGCAGGAUUGGCAGCCAGCACUGA